UUUCACCCACCGUGAAGUUGAAUGGAUCUGGGGCUUUUAUUGUGAAGGCGGGGGCCGCGGCGCAGCUGCUUCCGGUGCUUGUGUUUGGGUGUCGCUCGGCUCGGCUCGGCUCGGCCCAGAACAGACGAACUGCAGCGGCUGUAGUGAGAACCUGCAGGGAGGAACCAUGGCGGCCCCAGCUCUCUCUGGACGGGCCGGUUCGGUGGGCAGCCUCGGUAACAGCCCCACGUCCACGGCCGCCGGGAGGCUGCCCCACGGCGGCUCCGGGCCCGAGCUGGACUUCAGGUCCGCGGCCCGCAUGGAGGACCUGAACCGGCUCAUCCAGGACUUCAGCAAGCACGACCAGCGGGAGUACGACGACCAGCGGGCUCUGGAGAUCCACACGGCCAAGGACUUCAUCUUCUCCAUGCUGGGAAUGGUUCAGAAGCUGGACCAGAAGCUCCCCGUGGCUAACGAGUACCUGCUCCUCUCCGGAGGCGUGCGGGAAGGCGUGGUGGACAUGGACCUGGACGAGCUCAGCGUCUACGCCCGCGGCACCGACUACGACAUGGACUUCACCCUCCUGGUCCCCGCGCUCAAACUGCACGACCGCAACCAGCCGGUGACGCUGGACAUGCGGCACUCGGCGCUGGGCCACUCCUGGCUCAGCCUGCGGCUCUUCGACGAGGGAACCAUCAACAAGUGGAAGGACUGCUGCACCAUCGUCGACCACAUCAACGGCACCACCAACUACUUCUUCUCGCCCACGCUGGUGGCCGACUGGUUCUACCAGUCCAUCUCCCUGGUGCUGCUGGAGGUGCAGAAGAAGCCGCAGCGGGGCAUGCCCCGGGUGGAGAAGGUGGAGCGCCACGGGACGGUGAUCUCCGUCAUCCUGGGCGUGGGCAGCAGCCGCAUGCUCUACGACGUCGUCCCCGUGGUCUCCUUCAAGGGCUGGCCGGCGGUGGCUCAGAGCUGGCUGAUGGAGAACCACUUCUGGGACGGCAAGAUCACCGAGGAGGAGGUGAUCAGCGGCUUCUACCUCGUCCCCGCCUGCUCCCACAAGGGCCGCAAGGAGAACGAGUGGCGGCUGUCGUUCGCCCGCAGCGAGGUGCAGCUGAAGAAGUGCAUCUCGUCCAGCCUGAUGCAGGCGUACCAGGCCUGCAAGGCCAUCAUCAUCAAGCUGCUGUCGCGGCCCAAGGCCGUCAGCCCCUACCACCUGCGCAGCAUCAUGCUGUGGGCCUGCGACCGCCUGCCCGCCAACUUCCUGGCUCAGGACGACUUCUCCGCCCACUUCCUGCUGGGCCUGAUCGACGACCUGCAGCACUGCCUGGUCAACAAGACGUGCCCCAACUACUUCAUCCCGCAGUGCAACAUGCUGGAGCACCUGAGCGACGAGGCGGCCGUGCUGCACGCCCGCAAGCUGUCCUCGGUGCGCUCCGACCCCGCCGAGCACCUGCGCUCCACCAUCGAGCACGCCAAGGCCGCCAACAGGCUGACGGUGGAGCUGCAGUGGCGCGGCGGCGGCGGCGGCGGCGGCUCCACCACCCUGCCGUCGCCGCAGUCGGACGCCGGUGGGGAGAACCAGCCCGACGACCGGCUGGCCAAGAAGCUGCAGCAGCUGGUGACGGAGAACCCGGGCAAGUCCAUCUCGGUGUUCAUCAACCCGGACGACGUGACGCGGCCGCACUUCCGCAUCGACGACAAGUUCUUCUGAGACUGCAGAGGUCCCGGUGAACCCCCCCCCCCCCCCCCCCCCCCCCCCCC